UUUCAUUUUACUUCGUGAAGCGGACAGGCGUGAGAGGCUCUUCAGCCGGGGGUUGAUUGCGGCUUUUUUCGCGUUUUUAGGAUAAUUUUUUUUUUGCCGGAGACGGAGAUGGAGAAGGUGUUAUACAAGCAGCUGCCCGAGUCGACAGCAAAACUCGUGAACCUUCAGCCACAAGGAUCCAACAAGGCGGAGGCCUUUGUAAACGCCUUUCUAAAACGCAGCAUGCCCAGGAAGCGUGAGGAGGACAUCGAGAAACACUUCGACCGGAAAGCGGUGGUCCUUGAGCAUCCCCAACCGAGGAGUAACAAGCAGCGGAUCAAACGGAGGAAAGGAUUGUCAGCCAAACAGAGGCGAGAAAUGCGUCUCUUUGAGAUUGCUCCAGAACAGCAGAGGUACGAGAUAUUCAUCCCAUUGCACGAGCUUUGGAAGCAGUACAUUAAAGAACUCUGCAAUGGAUUGAAACCCGAUGCACAGCCACAGAUGAUUCAAACCAAAUUGCUUAAAGCAGAUUUCCACGGAGCACUCGUGACAGUGACCAAAUCUAAAUGUCCUUCCUACGUUGGCAUCACGGGCAUCAUCGUCCAGGAAACAAAGUACGUUUUCAAAAUUGUCACCAAAGAAGACAGGCUGAAAGUUAUUCCAAAGCGGAACAAUAUCUUCAGCCUUGAAAUGGAUGGGUUUGUGUCCUACAUCUAUGGAAGCAGGAUCCAGUUUCGAGCAAGUGAGCGUUCUGCGAAAAAGUUCAAGGGGCAAGGGACAAUGGAUCUCUGAUUUGGGGAGGGGGGUUGGGGGUCUGCAAAAUUGGAAACUUUUGUUUCCAAGGGUUCAGAGAGUCCACAACCAUCUUUUCUUCUAAGAAGAAAGUGAGCACAAGAAGCAGCAGCAGCAAGGAUGAUUACCUUGUUUAUAUCUUCCUGAACCCAAAGUGGGUUCUUGCUCGUAUUGAUUUUGUCUGGCAAAGGCUGGCAAUUUUGAGAUUGCAAUUCUCACAUUUUAAGGAGUAUAGUUCUAAUUCUGUACUUAUGCCAUGUUGGAUUUUGUAUUAUGUUAUUUAAAAUGGUCUCGUUUGUAAUAUGGAAUGAAAAAUCUUUUGACAUUUCUUUUUUAAAAAAAUAUCCAAAGCAGCAAUGUCUCAGAGUUGGCUAUCUCUGGUUUAUAAUAAGCCUUGUCCAGUUGGGUCACGUUUCAGUGGUAAGCAUUACACAGGGCUGUCCGGAUUCUAGUUAGACCAUACAACAGUUGUUAGACCGUACAACAGCUGGUCUAACUAUGUUGGGUUAAAUGGCAUUCUUUUUAUUUGCACAAUUGUCCCAUGGUAAUUCUAUCAUCUAUCUAGAACAUUUACAUUGCUCUAGAUAGAUAGAUAGAUAG